AUGGCGAAGAGCGAGAUGUGGUUGCUAUGCGCAGCGCUGGCCAUCUCGGUCAUCUUCUACCUCACCACGGUCGUGAGGCGACGCCGCGGCGGCGGCGGCAGGCGCUUGCCGCCUGGCCCGACGCCGCUCCCGAUCGUCGGCAACCUGCUCGGCCUCGGUGGCAUCUUCCACCAGACGCUCGCGGGCCUGGCGCGCGUCCAUGGCCCCGUCAUGACGCUGAAGCUCGGCCUCGCCACCGCCGUGGUCGUCUCCUCGAGGGACGCCGCGAGGGUCGCCUACACGAAGCACGACCGGCGCCACGCCGCGCGCGCGAUCCCGGACGCCUUCCGGGCGAACGGCUUCUCCGAGCGGUCGCUCGUGUUCUCGCCGAGCUCCGACCCGCAGUGGAAGCACCUGCGGGGCAUCAACGCAACGCACAUCUUCUCCCCCAGGGGCCUCGCCGCGGUGCGCGCCAUCCGUGAGCGCAAGGCGAGGGAGAUCGUGGCCUACUUCCGCGUGCACGCGGGGGAGGAGAUGGUCUUCCGUGACGUGCUGCACAACGGCAUGCUCAACCUCAUGUCGAGCUGCUUCUUCUCCGUGGACAUGGCCGACGUGGGCUCCGAGUCGUCGCUGGGCCUACGGCAUCUGAUGGAGGGCAUCAUCGAGUUGGUCUCCAAGCCCAACGUCUCGGACUUCUUCCCCUUCCUUCGGCAGCUUGACCUGCAGGGCUUGCGCCGCCGAACGGGGAGGUCUCUCGACAGGGCCUUCAGCAUCUUGGACGACAUCAUCGAACGCCGGUUGGACGACAGCCGUGACAACCCGGCCGGCAAGCAUGGAGACUUCCUCGAUGCACUCAUCGAGCUCUUCGACGCCGGCAAGCUUCAACGGUACCAUCUCAAUUACCUGCUCUUGGACGUCAUCGCGGCCGGGGCCGACGCGAUGUCGCUCACCUUAGACUGGGUGAUGGCCGAGCUGCUCCACAACCCGAGCGUGAUGGCCAAGGCGCGCGCGGAGGUGACGGACGUGCUCGGAAGCAAGGAAGCCGUGGAGGAGCCCGACGCGGCGAGGCUGCCGUACCUCCUGGCCGUGGUGAAGGAGGCGAUGCGGCUGCACCCCGUGGGCCCGCUGCUGAUCCCGCACUUCGCCGUGGAGGACGGCAUGGAGAUCGACGGCUACGCCGUGCCCAGGGGCUCGUCGGUGAUCUUCAACGUGUGGGCGAUCAUGCGCGACCCGGCGGUCUGGGAGAGGCCCGGCGAGUUCGUGCCCGAGCGCUUCCUGGAGAGGUCGCCGGCGCUGGACUUCCGCGGGAGGGAGUACGAGUUCCUCCCGUUCGGCUCGGGCAGGAGGCUGUGCCCCGGGGUACCGUUGGCGGAGCGCGUUGUCCCGUUCGUGCUAGCGUCCCUGCUCCGCGAGUUCGAGUGGCGGCUCCCCGACGGCAUGUCGCCGGAGGAGAUGGACAUGACCGAGAGAUUUUCCACCGUCAACAUGCUCGCUACACCCUUGAGGACCGUGCCAAUCAUCGUACGCGGCUAGUUUGUGUUCGUUUUGGGGCUAGCUAUAUAUUGCUACAGAUUUUGAAACAAAAAGCACGGAUUUUAAAACCACGUGAUUGAUUACCAACACGUGGGCCUAUAUGAAAACUGUUGCACUUUAUCUUGUUGUACGUUUACCUUUUUUGUGUGGGUUGUAAGUCGUGUCGUGUCGUGUGUGCGUAAGUUAGUUUGAUUCGAGUGAAUAGCCAGCAGUCCGUGGGUGCACGUUGGCUUGACGUUGUGGCCAAGACAAGUGAGGCACGGACGACGUACUGAUGCAUGGCGCGAAGGGUGAAUCAAUAAGCUAAUGGCCUAUUGGCAUGCAUGUGUUUGUUCGUGUAGCCGAACAGGGAGGAGUGGUGAGUGCCCGGCCACGGCAGUGCGUGGCUAUUUAGUCCUGUGAUCAGAUCAGUGGUGUAUGAGGUGUGGUGAUAAGUGAAAUACAAGUGUCUGUGUUGUGUGCGCUGGUGUGUAGGGCGGAAAUUCCUUCCGUAUUGUUCAUCUUCUUCCUUCGUUAGUGCCUCUUCUCUGUGUGUACGUGUUUCAGUUCAGCACAGAUCAUUUUGUAGCAAUGAAUAACUUAUAGAUUUUACCAAUAGAUUGCUACAUCUGAACAAAUUGAGUAUAAUACAUACCUAGUGUAUCAAAUAAUUUACCCUACAAGAUUGGGAGCACCUAAACCAGCGGAGAUAAAGAAGACUAGGUGGCCCCUGUGAAAGCAGAAGCCCAGGAAGCCCAUGAUAGGCCUGGUUAGCGCCGGUGCAUAUACGGUAUUAGCAAAUUGGAUAAUGAUGUAAUUAGAGAUAGAAGUUGUUACGGUUGUGUUUAUCUCUUAUCUCUGUUACCGGCCAUGAGCCAAAUCCUGUAAGCCACGGUACGUAGAGGCUUUUUCUACCCUAUUUAACAUAGAUGUGGUCCGA